GGAUUUAGAUCGUCGCGAUGGGAUCAUUCGCGAAAAAGUGCGUCCCUCGCGCAGUGAUAUUGUGAUAAUUUUCCCCUGAGGCUCAUGGAUAAUUUGUGUCCUGAUUAAUUCAACAUAAAGUUGAGGGGUGUUUUGAGUGAGAUAGAGAGUGAAAUGGACAUUUUGAGAGAAAAUUCAGUGCGAUUCACAUGAAAAUAGUAUCGAAUUUCCCCGUCAACAUCCUCAUGAGACAAUUAUCUAUCUAUUUGAAUGACAUAGUGGAGGAGGACACGAAGAAAUACAUAAAUAUUUAUAGAAAAUUGUGAAUAUGUUGCCGGAACUUUUAUUUUCGGUGGGCAGCAGCAUACAAGAAAUGUCAAGGGAAGAGUACAGUUUUCUCAACGGUGGCACAAUUGUGGAUCGAGACACUGCGUCGGCGAGCAACGAUUCGACAUUGAGCCAGCUGAAGUUAGUCAGGACUCCGGAUCUUGAGCCCAGUGUCACCAUCAAGUUGGAGGAGCCAGCAGAUGCCUAUCCUUGGCUCACCACAGACCUCGAGUCGAACCUGCUGCGACACUCCGAAGAUCCACUCUUGUCCAGAGCCUCCGAUGAUCACCAGCAGAAUGAGUUGGCCAGCAUCAAGACCACUAUAUCCUCGUCCUUCCCACCCACCGGCCAUGCGCCAGCGAGUGGCGGAACAGCAACCUGCGCGGAGCGUCGGAAGAGCACGCGAUCGCGCCGCAAAGGGCAGUUUAAGCUGCGCUUCCAUCAUCAGGCCCUUCCGCAGGAGUAUUUGGAGCACUUUGAGGCCUCGAAGAACAAUCAGCGACUGGAAGAUGGUCACAAGAUGACAGUGUCGUCCGCUAUGGAUACACCAGAGUCACCGCAGGAUCGCACGAAUGAGAGCAUUCGCAAUUGGCUGCAGAAGAUCAGUGAGCUGCAGAGCGAAGCUGUUCCGCCCACGCCAGACACAGAAAUGGAAGUCGAGCGAAAGACAUCGUCAUCCAGCAAGACCAUCAAGUACAGCGACUUGCCGUACAUGGGGGAAAUCACGCUGGAGAACAGCAAACCGAGGCGAGGGCGAAAGCCCAAGAAGGCUGACAUUUGCCACUUGAUCUACAAGAAUUAUGGGACAAUCUUCCCUGGAACACCCAAAGAGGCGAUAGAGGGUGAAGCUCUGCAGGAGGAGCCGAAGAAGUCAGAGCUGCAAUCGAAAAUUGUGAAUUCGCUGCUGGAAAAGCGACUGACACAGAAGGAAGCGAAGCAAUCCUUCGAGGAGCCUCUUAACUUGUGCGUCCGCGACAUGGAUUCUGUGAUCUUGUCGGACGAGGAGUCCUCCAGCAUGGCGGAGUCAAGUCGGACGACACCCCUUAUCGGAGUGCCUGAGCUGAGCGGCGAGGCGCUGCUGGAGCCCAACCUGAAGAUGACAUUGCCAAACUUUAAGGCUGCGCUCAUGGACAAGACAUUUAUGCCUGAAACACCGUCGACAGGUGAUUCCGCCUCGGGUGGAUAUGUCUAUUGGCCGAAUGCGAAUGUCUUUAUUCACCCCAUGUCACUGUACUAUCAGAAGAUGAUUGACAGCGCUGGCGAGAAAAAGGAGGGCGAUAAGCACAAAAGCACGAGCGCAAAUCAAUCGAAGGGGAGUGAGAAGAAGCCCACCACCUCAACCACUCGACCGAGUCCCGCCUCAUCAUCAUCGGGCAGCUCGUCAAAAGCGACAGGGUCAGGGCCGCACAAGAGGAAGAGAUCUGCCAUCUUCAUUCCUCCCAUACCCGCGGAGAAUGCCACCAAUCCCGCAACGGAAGUUAGCAUAUGCAAGUUCAAAUUCACAGGCGGUGCCAAGCCAAGUCUUCAGGAGAAGAAGAUGCUUUCUGUGGAUUCAGGAGGGAACUUCCGCUACUACAGCGGCACCGGUGAUAAGUCUAUGCGAGGCUAUGAGUUCUUCCCACGCGAGAGCCUUCAGCAAUCGGGCCUGAUGUCUGGAUCCAGUGCUGGAGCCUUCCUCAACACACCGCCCAGCGAGAAAAUCAGCGUGGAGUGCAUGACACCCAGCGAAGUGCACCAGAGAUCCUUGGCAACGCCCGGAAAGUCGUCUAGCAGUCCCACUCCGACUCAGCGCAGUGACCACAGAAAGAGAAAGUCGCGCAGAUCGCUUCAGAGGGAGAAGUUGGAGAAAACAUUCAAGGAGCGGGGCUUUCUCAUCCAGACACAGCAGACAGAGUCCGCCGAGGGCGCGACUUACUGCAAAUUCAGGCAGCUGAAGAAGUUCACGCGGUAUCUCUUCCGCAGUUGGAAGGAUUACCUGCCUGGAGAUCUGCAGCAGCAACAGCAACAGGGCAGCGAUGGCUUCACGAUGCCGCCCAGUGAGUCUCAGGCCAUCGCGCCGCACUCAGUCCCAUUCACAGAAGUCGGCAAGUGAUG